AUGGUUUCAAAAGGAGUGCUGAAUCGCCGUGAGCGGCGCGAAAGUUGGCACAGCAGAUCUUUGGAUGGUCACGUGCAAAAGGAGCCGCGGCGCACAUCUGGGGCAGCUGCGCAGGAAACUGCCGCUGCCACUGUGAUAGGUGGCAGCCACUCCAAUGAGUCGCUAUCCUUGGCAUCGCUGCUCUGCAAGCUUGGUGUCGCACUUCAUGCCAUGCAUAGCUUCAACUGCCAACAAGCAGUGGAAGAACUCUCGUCGUUGCCAAAGAGGCACUACGAGACUGGGUAUGUGUUGGACUUGGUGGGGCUCAGCUACUUUGAGUCCGCGGAUUACAAGAAGUCCGAGCUGGCAUACAACCAGGCUUGGCGAGUAGAGCCCCAUCGAGUUGAAGGACUGGAGUACUACUCUUCCGCCUUAUGGCACUUGCGCAGGGACGUGGAGCUGUGCAGACUAGCACAGCAAUGCUUACAGUGGGACCGCCUGAGACCCCAAGUGUGGUGUGUGGUGGGCAACUGCUUCAGUUUACAGAAAGAGCAUGAUGCUGCCAUCAAGCUGUUCAAGCGUGCCAUACAGGUCGACUCGACCUUCACUUAUGCUUACACUUUGUGCGGCCAUGAGUUCGUCGCCAGUGAGAAGAUAGACAAGGCAGUGGCCAUGUAUGAGAACGCUUUGAAUCUGGAUCCUCGGCACUACAAUGCCUGGUGGGGUCUUGGUAACAUUUAUCACCGCCAGGAGGAGCAUGAGAAUGCAAAGUAUCACUUCUACAAGGCCCUCCAGGUGAAUAGCAGCAAUUCAGUCCUUCGAUGCUAUCUGGGAAUGGUGCUAAGCGCGUUGAAACAGCCGCUGCUGGCCCUGGAUAGCUUUGACCAGGCAGCUCAGGCAGAGCCCCAGAAUGGUAUGGCGUACUUCCAGAAGGCAUGUGUCCUCAUCAGCUUAGAGAGAUACGAAGAAGCCCUUACCGACCUGAAGAAGGUACGCUGCUUGGCUCCAAAGGAGGCUUGCGUGCACUUCCAGCUCGGCAAGGUUUACAUGAAGCUGCAGAAGGACAGGAAGGCUCUCUACCACUUCAACAUUGCCAUGGACCUGAAUCGUGACUCCAAGGACUACCACACAAUCAAGACGCAUAUCGAGAAGCUU